UUCAUGAUUUCAGUUUUUCUAUAAAUGUGCAUCGCUCAGUGUUUGGCCGGUCUUCGGCCUUUACACAAAGGCUCAGGCCUCGAGACUUCGAGUCUCGAUGCUGCGGAUGCUGGACCCAUUUCUUUUUUUUUAAUUAAUUAUUAAAUUUGCUCGGAAAAUUUCCCAAAAAAAGAGGAUAAUUUUUUUAAAUUGCUUUUCAUUAUAAAAAAAAUUAUUCGUCGAAAAAACAGAGAGACAGUUGAGAAAAAAUUAUUUUUUGACAACUUGGAAGAUCAGUAUAAAUGUGUACCAGAAGAGAAAAAAUUUUUUUCAAAAGUCUUGAAGAAUAUCUGAUGAAAAAAAAAGUUUUUAAACACUUUUUUGGGACGAUUGAAGAAACAAUCGGUCCACGGCAUCCAAAUUGUUAUACACUUGCCUUUUAAAGUUUUUAAAAAUAAAAUAUUUUUUUUUGUUGAAAAAUUUUUUUUUUGAAUUUUUUUUUAAAAUUGUUUAUAAUAUUACGUGCGUGGCUGUGAUAUUUCAAAGUGAUAAUUAGCUACUAAUUUUUUGGUCAAUUUGCUACGUUAAUCUGUGUGAAAGAGGAUGUCCACGCAUCGGUUAUACGUUCUAGUGACACUCGUGCUUGCUGCGUCGCUUAUAAUUCCGCAAUUGGUUAAAGCUCAAUUGGAUCUCUUUCAACAUGUUCAGAAACGAUCAGGAAUGAAUAAACAUUAUUGUGGAAAACAUCUUUCGAAUGCUUUGCAACUCAUGUGCAAUGGUCAAUAUAAUUCAAUGUUUAAAAAGAGCGGUCAAGAAAUGGAGAUAGACGAGACGCCAUUUGCCUAUGAUGAAUUGUAUCCAUUCAGAUCCAGACAAAGUGCAAACGCAAUGAUUGGUAGAUUUGGCGGUGGUCGAUUUAGAAGAUAUUCACGCGGUGUCCACGACGAGUGUUGCGCAAAACCAUGUAGUCUCGAAGAAUUAACCAGCUAUUGUGGCCUUUAAGGCAAAUUAUAUGUCAUGUUCAUUAUUAAUAAUAACAACAAUUCUUUCUAUAUAUUAACUUCUUUCACUUCAAAAAAAAACUUCCAAUUCGUGUUUCAAGAUAUGCACGAUGAUAAAUUAAUAAACUGCAUAACGAGCAUUGCCCGUAUAUUAUGAUAUAUAUAUAUAAAUAAAUAGAUCAAAAUAAAACAAAGUCAAACUUAUAUCUAUAAUCGAGAGUAGGUAUAAGACAAAAAGAACUAACUAAAUAUAUUUAAUAAACGUGUAGAUAAUAUUAA